AUGGGCCUUCAUCCUAUUCCACGUCUAAUCUUGCACACGUUGAGCCCCACUAUAGUAAUUGGUAUGUACGUAGCUGGUCUUGCCAUACCUCCCUGGCUGGGAGAAUCUUGGAUUUGGAAACAUGUGGAUCCAAUGGUCGCGGUUGCAACAACGAUCCUAUUUUUCCUGCUCAUCAUUCCUGCAUUUAGGGAGAUGAUGCCCUAUAUAUUCGCAGACACCCCAGCAAAGUUUCAUGUCGAGUCGUUUCAAGAUGAGAUUUCGAACAAGUUUCCCGAUGUCACGUGCACUCACAUCCACGCAUAUCGACUGUGGCCUGGAAAUCAAUUUGAAGCUCUCAUUCACUUGAGUUUUUUGGUGGAUAAAUCGAAAUCUGGAUGGUCAGACGAAGCAGCCACACGUUAUGCAGAAGUUAGUCAGAACGUUACAAGCGUGCUGACUAGAGCGGGAGCUCAAAAGGUGGUUGUUGAACCGUCUUUUCUCGAUGCGACAGAAAUUGGUCGUCCGUGGGUAGGUUGUGUUGGUGCGACAUGUUUCCGUCAAGACCGGGGAUGCUGCAAAAUACAGGAUAAUCGGGCUGCCGUUUAG